UUCCCGGUCGUACGUCAGGGCUGAGGGGAAAAGCCGAAAGAGCGAGGCGAGAAGGAGGGGUUGUGGAGGUUAGGGUCCAACCAGCAAGUCCCGUUGCUCUCCCUCCUCCUGACGAGGAGCGGAGAGGGAAGGGGAGGAGCGAGCUGGGGCCGGCCGCGCACACCAGGAGCCUCCUCGUGGAGGGGGGGAGCGGAGGAAAAGGGUAGCUCCGCCACUUCUGCUCGCGGCGGCGGCGGCGAAAGAAGAAGAAAGUCAGGGCCCGUACCUACCGCCACAGACUCAGAAACGCCCCCGCCCUUAUCUCCCCGGAAAUAGCCCCCCGCCCAGCCCCGCACAGUCGCUGCCCCAACCAAGAGCCGCAGCCCGGUCGCCCCCGCUUCGCCCCGCCCCGCUGCCCAGCCCCGUGGGCCGCAGAGUGCGCGAGGCCCUAGGCCAGGAGUUGUUGUCAGGCCCAGGCCACUUCCGAGGCGCCUGCGGUGUGUCGCCGCCACCACAGGAGGACGACGUCGACGCCGAGGAGGAGGCGGCGGAGGCGUGUUGUUGUCUCGCCCAUCCCCUCCCCUGAACUCGCACCCAACGUCAGGGCGCGAUGGAGUGAAGCGGCGACGAAGGUGGUACUUCCGCGUUGCGCUGCCCGAGCCGAGAGCGCGGCCAAGGCCGCUCCCUCACCCCCGGGGGCACUUGGAGGACUCGGGACUCCCCCGCAGGUCAGCGCCCGGCGCAUCUGGUGUUUUCGCUGCCGAGGAUAGGACGACGAGCGCGAUCGGGAGCUCCGCUGCCUGGAUUCCUGCUUCCCUGAGGCCCGGAGGCUGCUGCGUACCCCACUGUCACCUGGAACCCAGGGACCCGAGUCCCGACCCGGAUUAUCGUGGCGCGUCUCCCGGCCGGCCCUGGUGCUCGGUGUCCCUCCGCCGCCGCUCCCGUUUCCGGCGGGGGAGAUGGCCAGGAUCUGACCCGGGAGGAGGCCGCACCCGCGCCGCGCUCUGCGGCUGGCUCUAGGCGAUGCCGAGCAGCUCGGACACGGCGCUGGGGGGAGGCGGGGGCCUGAGCUGGGCAGAGAAGAAGUUGGAGGAACGCCGCAAGCGGAGGCGAUUCCUGUCCCCUCAGCAGCCGCCGCUGCUGUUGCCGCUCCUGCAGCCGCAGCUCCUGCAACCGCCGCCGCCCCCGCCGCCUCUGCUCUUCCUGGCUGCUCCCGGCACGGCCGCCGCCGCAGCCGCCGCCGCCGCGGCCUCCUCCUCUUGCUUCAGCCCGGGCCCCCCUCUGGAGGUCAAGCGGCUGGCGAGAGGCAAGAGGCGCGCAGGAGGGCGGCAGAAGCGGCGCCGCGGGCCCCGCGCCGGGCAGGAGGCGGAGAAGCGUCGGGUCUUCUCGCUGCCCCAGCCGCAGCAGGACGGCGGUGGCGGUGCUAGUAGCGGCGGGGGUGUGACCCCGCUGGUGGAAUACGAGGAUGUGAGCUCCCAGUCCGAGCAGGGGCUGCUGCUGGGGGGGGCCAGCGCGGCAACGGCGGCGACGGCUGCCGGGGGAACGGGGGGCAGCGGCGGGAGUCCGGCCUCCUCCUCCGGCACUCAGCGGCGCGGGGAGGGGUCGGAGCGCAGGCCCCGCCGGGACCGCCGCAGCAGCAGUGGCCGCAGCAAGGAGCGCCACCGCGAGCACCGGCGGCGGGAUGGGCAGCGCGGUGGCAGCGAGGCCUCCAAGUCCCGCAGCCGCCACAGCCACAGCGGCGAGGAGCGGGCCGAGGUCGCCAAGAGCGGCAGCAGCAGCAGCAGCGGCGGCCGCCGGAAAAGCGCCUCGGCCACGUCCAGCAGCAGUAGCAGCCGCAAGGACCGGGACUCGAAGGCCCAUCGCAGCCGGACUAAGUCGUCCAAGGAGCCGCCUUCGGCCUACAAGGAACCGCCCAAGGCCUACCGGGAGGACAAGACUGAACCCAAGGCCUACAGGCGGCGGCGGUCCCUCAGCCCGCUGGGAGGCCGGGACGACAGCCCGGUGUCCCACAGGGCCUCUCAGAGCCUGAGGAGCCGCAAGUCCCCCAGCCCGGCAGGAGGUGGCAGCAGCCCCUAUUCUCGGCGGCUGCCGCGCUCCCCGAGCCCCUACAGCCGCCGCCGCUCCCCCAGCUACAGCCGCCACAGCUCCUACGAGCGGGGCGGCGACGUGUCCCCUAGUCCCUACAGCAGCAGCAGCUGGCGCCGCUCUCGCAGUCCCUACAGCCCUGUGCUCAGACGGUCUGGAAAAUCCCGAAGCAGAAGCCCGUAUUCAUCUAGGCAUUCAAGAUCUCGUAGCAGGCACAGAUUGUCUAGAUCCAGAAGUCGUCAUUCUAGUAUUUCUCCUAGCACACUAACUCUGAAGAGUAGCCUGGCAGCUGAAUUGAACAAGAAUAAAAAAGCACGAGCAGCAGAGGCAGCAAGAGCCGCAGAAGCAGCGAAAGCUGCAGAAGCAACUAAGGCUGCUGAGGCUGCUGCCAAGGCUGCAAAAGCUUCAAACACUUCUACACCUACCAAGGGGAACACGGAAACUAGUGCCAGUGCAUCACAAACAAACCAUGUGAAGGAUGUGAAGAAAAUUAAAAUUGAACAUGCACCUUCUCCCUCAAGUGGUGGAACUUUAAAAAAUGACAAAGCAAAAACAAAGCCACCUCUUCAGGUAACGAAGGUGGAAAAUAAUUUGAUUGUAGAUAAAGCCACCAAGAAAGCAGUCAUAGUUGGAAAGGAGAGUAAAUCUGCUGCUACAAAGGAGGAACCAGUAUCUCUUAAAGAGAAAACCAAACCACUUACACCAAGCAUAGGAGCCAAGGAGAGGGAGCAACAUGUAGCUUUAGUGACUUCUACAUUACCACCGUUACCUUUGCCUCCCAUGCUGCCUGAAGAUAAAGAAGCUGAUAGCUUACGAGGAAAUAUUUCAGUAAAAGCAGUUAAAAAAGAAGUAGAAAAGAAACUCCGAUGUCUUCUUGCUGAUUUACCGCUGCCCCCUGAGCUACCAGGAGGAGAUGAUCUUUCAAAGAGUCCAGAGGAAAAGAAAACAGCAACACAGUUACAUAGUAAAAGGAGGCCUAAAAUAUGUGGGCCUCGCUAUGGUGAAAUCAAAGAAAAAGAUAUUGACUGGGGAAAACGCUGCGUGGAUAAAUUUGAUAUCAUCGGAAUUAUUGGAGAAGGUACUUACGGACAAGUUUACAAAGCCAGGGAUAAAGACACUGGAGAAAUGGUAGCCUUAAAAAAAGUACGUCUGGAUAAUGAAAAGGAAGGCUUUCCAAUUACAGCAAUUCGAGAAAUUAAAAUUCUCCGGCAGCUUACCCAUCAGAGUAUUAUCAAUAUGAAGGAAAUAGUGACUGAUAAAGAAGAUGCUUUGGACUUCAAGAAGGACAAAGGUGCAUUUUAUCUGGUGUUUGAAUAUAUGGACCAUGAUCUGAUGGGACUACUGGAAUCAGGCUUGGUUCAUUUUAAUGAAAAUCACAUAAAGUCAUUUAUGAGACAGCUCAUGGAGGGUCUGGAUUAUUGUCAUAAGAAGAACUUUUUGCAUAGAGAUAUUAAAUGUUCCAAUAUCCUUCUAAAUAAUAGAGGGCAGAUAAAACUUGCAGAUUUUGGACUUGCUCGAUUAUAUAGCUCAGAAGAAAGUCGGCCGUAUACUAACAAGGUAAUUACUUUAUGGUACCGUCCACCUGAACUGCUACUGGGAGAAGAACGAUACACACCAGCCAUUGAUGUAUGGAGCUGUGGCUGUAUCCUUGGCGAACUCUUCACUAAAAAACCUAUAUUUCAAGCAAAUCAGGAACUUGCACAACUAGAAUUAAUAAGCCGAAUAUGUGGGAGUCCAUGUCCUGCAGUGUGGCCUGAUGUAAUCAAACUACCAUAUUUCAACACCAUGAAACCAAAGAAGCAAUAUCGUCGAAAGUUAAGAGAAGAAUUUGUUUUUAUUCCUGCAGCUGCACUAGACUUAUUUGAUUACAUGCUCGCCUUGGAUCCUAGUAAGCGCUGCACUGCUGAACAGGCUCUUCAAUGCGAGUUCCUCCGAGAUGUGGAACCCUCAAAAAUGCCUCCACCAGAGAGGUUUUUACACGCUGAGGCAAUGCAUCAUAGUAAGAUGGCUGAGAGUCUUCCUUUAUGGCAAGAUUGUCAUGAGUUAUGGAGUAAAAAGCGAAGAAGACAGAAGCAGAUGGGCAUGACUGAUGAUGUUUCCACAAUUAAAGCCCCCAGGAAGGACUUGUCUCUGGGCUUGGAUGACAGCAGAACCAACACACCCCAGGGUGUGCUGCCAUCUUCACAGCUGAAAUCUCAGGGCAACUCAAAUGUGGCACCUGUAAAAACAGGCCCUGGACAGCACUUAAACCACAGUGAAUUGGCAAUUCUACUAAACCUACUACAAUCUAAAACAAGUGUUAAUAUGGCUGAUUUUGUCCAAGUGUUGAACAUUAAGGUAAACUCUGAGACUCAACAGCAGCUAAAUAAAAUAAACCUUCCUGCUGGAAUUUUGGCAACAGGUGAAAAACAGACAGAUCCAUCAACACCACAACAGGAGUCUUCGAAACCUUUGGGAGGAAUUCAGCCUUCUCAGACCAUCCAGCCUAAAGUGGAGACUGAUGCUGCCCAGGCGGCUGUGCAGAGUGCAUUUGCAGUUCUGUUGACUCAGUUAAUAAAGGCUCAACAGUCAAAGCAGAAAGAUGUGCUACUAGAAGAGAGGGAAAAUGGAUCGGGACAUGAAGCGUCAUUACAACUCAGGCCACCUCCAGAACCUAGCACUCCGGUGUCGGGACAAGAUGACCUCAUCCAGCAUCAAGAUAUGAGGAUCUUGGAGCUAACGCCAGAACCAGACCGGCCUCGAAUUCUGCCUCCUGACCAACGACCUCCCGAGCCUCCUGAACCACCACCAGUCACUGAGGAAGAUCUAGAUUAUCGGACAGAAAACCAGCAUGUACCCACCACCAGUUCUUCAUUAACUGACCCUCAUGCCGGAGUGAAGGCAGCCCUGUUACAGCUGCUUGCUCAGCAUCAGCCCCAGGAUGACCCCAAAAGAGAAGGUGGGAUUGAUUAUCAAGCAGGAGACACUUACGUGUCCACUUCAGACUACAAGGACAACUUUGGAUCCUCCUCUUUCUCUUCUGCUCCUUACGUUAGCAAUGAUGGUCUAGGAAGCAGUUCUGCUCCACCACUAGAACGACGUAGUUUCAUUGGAAAUUCAGAUAUUCAGUCUUUGGAUAACUACAGUACUGCUUCAUCUCAUUCUGGUGGUCCACCUCAGCCUUCUGCCUUUUCUGAGUCAUUUCCCAGUUCAGUAGCUGGAUAUGGAGACAUUUACCUCAAUGCUGGUCCCAUGUUGUUUAGUGGAGACAAGGACCAUAGAUUUGAAUAUAGCCAUGGUCCUAUUGCAGUCCUGGCAAACAGCAGUGACCCUUCCACGGGGCCAGAGAGUACUCAUCCUUUGCCAGCAAAGAUGCACAACUAUAACUAUGGUGGUAACUUACAGGAAAAUCCGAGUGGCCCCAGCCUCAUGCAUGGACAGACCUGGACUUCUCCUGCCCAAGGACCUGGAUAUUCACAAGGAUACAGGGGACAUAUUAGCACAUCAACUGGCAGAGGCAGAGGCAGAGGGUUACCAUACUGAGUAUCUGUUUUUCCUCAGGCACAUCAUUUUUAUCUGGAAAGACUUUUCUAGCUGCAGUUUAAGGCAGCAAUCCAAGAGACUUGAAUAAUAAUAAUUCAACAACAGCUUUAUUUUUAUGUGGAGAAGGGUCUUGCAUACAAUAGUUUAAAAAAGACAAAAAAAAACCUUUGCUUACAUUCAUGCUGUUCUAAAAACUAGAUCUAUCGAUUGUACAUCUUCACAAAUUCUAGUUAACAAUUUUAUUUUGUAUUCUUGCAGUUUUAAGUGGAUGCUAAUUUUAGGGACAUAAGCCUUUUAUGGCCCUCUUGCAGAUCUUCUGAACUAUGCACAUUUGUGCUUUUUUUGUAAGUUUGGACCAACUUUUAUGUAACAAACAGCCCCUUCCCACCUCCAGUUUUACAACAAUCAGAAAGGGCACUGAUUUAUUUGGUAUUUUUCUUUUUACAAAGCUACCUUUAGUCAAAGGUCACUGUCAGUCUUUGCACCUGCUUUCAGUGUUAUUGUGAAAGGUGUACUUUGUGCUCAUUUCAGAAAAUAAAACACAACCUUUCUCUUGAUGCAACAGUUUUAUAAAAAAUAUGGUCAACGUUAUUUUUGUUUUGUUUUGCAGAUUAUCAUAGCCUAGCAAAAUGCAUUUAAAUGAAAUAGUGGGUUUUAUAUGAAAACUAUGGGUGGGGUGGGGAGGGAAAGUAAGUGCCUUAACAGGUAAGCUUAAGGUCUGAAAAAAAUAGUUAACUUUUACCCCCAUUUGUCUUUUAAAGGGAAUCAAUGCAUUAAAAAGUCAAGAAACUCAAGUUUUCAGGGGCUGCCUAUUCAGUUCCUGUUAGGUCCAUUCCCUCUGCCUGUCACACUUUCUCCUUUUCUGCCUGUCCUUGGGCUGUGUUACCUUUCACUACCACCUUCUCUUGAUAGGGGAGUGAGAGCAAAGAAAGGGAGUAGAACUGCAAUCAGUACAUAUUGUUUGAGAAGUUCUAAAAAGUUUUGUCAUUUAAAUGGUUGAAAGUAAUAGCUCCAGGGGAAUUUUAGAGUACCAUUUUCUUUCAGGCUGCCAUAUUAUCCCUGUUUCCAUUUGCCAUGGAUAAUUGGAGGGCCAUAGUAUAGAAGCAAGAGUUAAUAACAGAACUUGCAUAAAUGUGUUAAAGUUCAUGGGGGAGGGGUGGCAAAUACCAUAUUUUAAGUUAUGCAAUUGCCCUUUUAAGAAAGUCAAUUCUAUUCACUUGUUAACUAGAAACAUUGCCUAGAUUGAAUUUAUUGAAGCAAAAAGAAAAGGCAAUGAGAGAGAACUUUUAUCUUCCUUCCUGUCACCUUCUAUAAAGUUGAUUAUGACUUCUGCCAGACUUAGAGCAACAACUUUAGUUCAUUUUAACAUUUUUUUUUUUAAUGAAGAGCAUCAAAGAAUGGAGUAGUCCUUACUUAAACUGUAAUGGUGUCAAGUCUCACUGUGUGCACACUCUCACACAUACACACACAAUUAUAAUAAUUCUAGAAAGGAACCAAAGGUAAAUAACCAGUGUUUCCAUUAUCACUAAAUGGAAAAAUUGACUGGAAGUUAGAGUUGUGCCAAUUAAUCAUUUUGUUCAUUAACUGUUCUGGUAACUUACUUUUUUUUAUUGGAAUCUUAAAUUGGAACAACUGUUACAGAAUGUAUAUUGCUCCAGUUCUAAAGCCAGUUAACCCUGUGCCCUCUAACUUAUGAACCUUCAUUUCAAAACAGUAUGUGGGAAGCACUGUAGUUUGAUAACAGUAAAAUUAUUUUAAAGAGGAUAAUUUACCAUUUUACUACUAUAAAAUAAGUUGGUAUCAGUUGACCAUUUUAUUUUUUGAUGGACUUUUUUUGUUGGGAGAAAGAAAUGAAUGGAAGAAAAAAAUAUUUUGCUUUUAUUUGAAUAUUGAUUACUAACAACUUAUAAACUACAUUGCAGGAAAUGAAGAAAUAUUUUGAAAUUAGCAAAAUAACAACAGUAUUCAAGUAUCUGAAAUUUUAAUAUGGUGAGUCUUAGAGCUUUAGACUUUCCUAUAAGUGACAAUAUCUAAGUUAUUCUUAAUAGUCACACUUGAUAAUUCUGCUGACCAUAAGCAGCUAACCUACAGUUGAAGAUAUUUAUGUGACAUGAAUAGCCUGUGUUUUAAAAAUUAAAUAUUUUAUAUAAAAUUGAA